AUGGUAGGAUACUCUGAAGGUAAGCCUAGGAAACGGGAUGUCAUAGUUCUGAAGUUUUGCUAGGAUUUUUUUUGUAUAUAAAGAUGGGGAAAAGCAAAAGGACCUAUUCUAGCGACAUAAGGUCGUAUAUGGAUGCAUUCCGUCAGUUUGUGGUUCCAAUUUGAAGGUUCAAUUGGUCUUUUAAAGCCCUUCAUACUGCUGCUGUCAGAGUUGAAGCAAAGAAAAGAAGACGAUUAAUCAAACUCAGUAUCACUCCUGCCCCAUUGCCGCUGGUUCUUCCUUUUUCUUCCUUCACCACCAACAUCCUGCUGUCACUAUGUUGCGCGUUGCAUCCUUAUUUCAUCAAUUAUGCACAUGUUGCCUGUCUGAUUUCAAGGGGGGAUCCUGAAGAAGAAGAAGAAGAAGAGACAUGGGAAAAAAGUGAAAAGAAGCAAUCCACCAACACACAGAGACACCCAAAAAAAUGAAAAAAAGGAACGAGAUACUAAUCAGGUCAUUGGGAACCUGUUAUGAAUCAGAUGAAAUAUCAUUUCUACGGAAUUACAUGACCUACAACCAUCAGUCCUUUGACAGUGAUGAAGAGUGUCGACAUCCACUAGUGAUACAAUAUCAUUGUAUUUGAAGUUGUUUUUGAUCUGAAACUCUGGGUUAGCUUUGACUUAGAUCGUUUCUGGCACCCCUGCAGCAAAGGUGCCAAUUGUUUCACUCUUUACGCCCCACCGUCUUGUUUUCUCCAUAAUUUUAUCAGUCUGCUUCAAACUAUUGAAAGUAUUGGUGAAACAUUUUUACUUUAUCUCCUGUAUUAUUGUUACUAUUUUACUUGGUUACUAGGGGAUCUUGCUGCACUAAUUUUAUGUUGUGAGAUUGUAAGAUAUCUUCUGACGUUUCGUAUUUUGGAGUCUCAGAACACUAUUGGUCUUUGUUAAAGCAUAUUCUAUUUGGAAAUCAUUGGGCAUUCUUGUCCUGGUAGUCAUUGUUCUAUCCAUGGUGAAGAGUAAAAUAAGUCCCCCUUUCGAUUCAAAAUUGCCAACAAUUGUUGGGAAUCGUGUUUGAUUAAAAAUUGUCCAUGGUGACUAGAAGAGAACACAUUCAUUGUUUUCUAUUAAAAUCUUCUCUCGAAAAAUUAAUCGGCAUGAGGUUAGUAGUUCUAUGUCUGAUAAUUUACCAUAUUUGGUGCUUGUAUUUUGCCUUUUCAUUUGUAGGUUCAGUGCUGUUAUCGAAGCUAAAAAGGGGAACCCUCCUGUAAUGCCAUCCAUUAUGACACCUGGAGGGCCUUUGGAUCUCUCUUCUGUUUUAUUUCGCAACCGUAUCAUCUUCAUAGGGCAACCUAUCAAUUCCCAAGUGGCGCAACGUGUUAUUUCACAGCUUGUGACCUUGGCAACCAUUGAUGAGAACGCUGAUAUUCUGGUAUUAUAAUGAACACCCUACUUACCUUACAGUUGUAUUCUUCGCUUAUAUUUUGUCUGGAAACGUGAACAACGCGGUGGUUCCUUUCCACAGAUGACGUAUGUUCACUGUCUCCUAACAUCUGUAUCUUUCCUUUGGCAGAUGUAUCUGAAUUGCCCGGGUGGGAGCACGUACUCUGUUCUAGGCAUUUAUGACUGUAUGUCUUGGGUAAGGGUUUUUAUUCUUUUCCCGCCUCUUAAUGACAAGCACCUACGAUUAAGUUUAAAAGUUUUUCUAUUUUUUCGAACAUUUUCGGUUCCUAUUCUGCGAAUGAUUACAUGGCAUCUAGAGCAUCUAUGUUUGGCAUCUGUGUCAUUGUUAUGAUAUCCGAGAAGCGUAUGCUCGUGCUGCUGUUUCUCACGUAAGAAAGUAGAACAGUAGACAGAAAUCUUAUUGGUCCGGUAACUUCAUCAGGAUACUGAGAAGGGGAGGGAAGGCAUGAGAAACGCAAGCCAUUACUUGACAAAAUUGAGAAAAUGACUUGAAAUGUACAAUUGUAUGAUCUGGGGCUAUGAAUAAAUAGAUGCAUAAUCUACAACAGAGCUGACGAUUCAGUUCCCCCGAUCAGGCCAUCUACCCAUUUAUGACAUUUUUCCUUAGAUGAUUAGGCAGGCUUGCUCUCAAGACGAAGUUCAAUGUAGGGGUUUAUGUUCUCAUGGUUCCUUCUGGGAAGCGGUCUGACGCUGAGAUAACUCACAGUUUCUCUUUUGGUUGACUGUUGAAUUUUGUCAACGCCGGAUUAUGUUAAUUUCCUGAGGGUCAUUGGAGAAAAAAGAAAGUUGUUUGCCCAAUAAGUUUCCUGUGCUCAAUGGUCUCUAAUUUUCGGAGCUAAACAGAUGUUCUUUAGCUGUCCAGAUAAAGCCUAAGGUGGGCACAGUAUGCUUCGGCGUGGCUGCCAGCCAAGGAGCACUUCUUCUUGCUGGAGGGGAGAAGGGGAUGCGUUAUGCCAUGCCCAAUGCCCGGAUCAUGAUUCACCAGCCACAGAGCGGAUGCGGGGUGCGUUCCUCGGCGACUGGUUUUGCCCCAUUUUGGGCCUCUUAGUUGACCUUUCUUGCUAUUUACAGGGGCAUGUGGAGGACGUCAGACGACAAGUCAAUGAGGCCGUUCAAUCUCGCUAUGUAAGUCUCAAUCUUGCAGAUUAUAUGCUUCCUCGUCGGCCCUUAACACCGAUUCAGAUCUCCACUUAUGGCAACAGCUCUUACGAAACCUUACUAAAUCCAGAUCUACGGCUAAAAGAUCAUCUAAUUUUUAAAAAAACGGGAAUAAUUCAACAAAGUUGACCAGUUUGAAAUACCCACAGAAAAUAGACAAGAUGUAUGCUGCCUUCACUGGUCAAACGCUGGAAAAAGUCCAACAAUACACCGAGAGAGAUCGAUUCUUCUCUUCCUCUGAGGUAACACCCAGCCAAGGAUGAUAUCUUAUCUUCAAUCUUGUAUGAUUGUGUGGUGAAUUGGAGGAACCGGACCUCAUCCAUGGAUCCUGAACACAGGCGCUGGAGUUCGGGCUCAUCGACGGCGUAUUGGAGACCGAGUACUGA